GCCUGUUACUCAUGUCCUGGCUGGAGUAAGAACAACCCAUGGGUAACCUUGGGCAUUCAGCAGGUGCUGGUUACAGGGGGCAAAGUUGCAUAAAUUGUGUAAGUUAUAUAAACAGGAGUCCUUCUGGCGCUGUGACACACUGAGACUGCUACGGCUUAGCACAAGACAAAGUUAGCAUUUAUGGAGGUUGGAAGUCUGAAAUGGGUCCCGCUGGCUAAAAAGGAAGGUGUUGGCUGGACUCUCUUCCCCUCUUGAGACUUCUGUGAUUGCAUCUAUUGUCUCAUGCCUUCUGAUUUUUCGACAAUGCCCUUACUCCUUCCUCAUGAUAAUCGCUCCAUUCUACAAAGACAACAUUGGCAGGUAGUAUUUUCUGGAUGGCAUGAGUAUGACUCUGGACUUCUUUCCUGUUUGAAAGUCCUUAAAAUUACAUUGGCUUCACAUGUAAUCCAAAUGCUCUUUAAGACUUAGUAUUUAUCUUAUUCGUGUUAUGUCUGCUUGCACGAAUUUGAGGCCCUUAGAGGCCAGAUCCCCUGGUGUUGCAGGCAGCUGUAAGCCACCAUGUAGGUCCUGGGACUUGAUGAGAAAGAGGUGAGAAGUGUUUCUGUGUUCUAGGGAGUGCAUCUGUGAGCUCAGACAAUUGCCUCUAGCUUGGGGCCACCAUGCCCUACUUUCUACCUCGGUCUUCGAACUGGCUGGCUCUUAGCCCAUUCAAGGUGUUUUUCUCUGCCUAGUAACAGGAAGGUGUGGUUGAGGCUGCGCAUGGAAGGGAAAACACAACUGAAAAGCAGCGGAGAGAAGCUCCAUUCUGGACUCUUCUGGCUCUCCCAAAGGCUGGAGAAUAAUCCCACUAGGCUGAAGGAGGCAAGUGAAUGGACAGUUAACAGGGGAAAGCGUGCCAGGGGCUGAGGGCUGGAAAUGCAUGGAGAGGUUUGUUUGGAGGCAGGUUCUCCUGCAGCCCAGGACGCGAAUUCACGGUUUUCCAGCCUCUACUCCAGGACUGGAAUUACAGGCAGGAGCCAUCACACCCGGUUUAUGUGGUGUUGGGGAUCGCACCCAGGGCUGUGUGCAUGCCAGGCGCUCUAUUAAGAGACCUACAUCCCCAGCCCAGGUAUAACUGAUGAGGAGGUGGGGAUUAAAAUGCCUGACUCAGGAAAGGUUCCUCAAAGCCAGCAGGCAGUCACGGAAGACCCAGGCUGUUGUUGUCAGGAAUUAGGUAUCCAUACGCCCAUCUACCACAGGUCUGGACCCCUGUAAAAAUGCUCGCCACCUGAGGUUCAGGCCAUGUACUCCUACAUCUACCUGCCGCCCAGGGAGGGCAUCUGGUCUCGGCUGCAGACCCUCGCCUACCUGCCCGCCCCUCUGCUGCUGCCACCCAUCCAGACCCACAACUUCUGCAGCCGGCCGGCGGGCCUGAGCGCGGCCCCGCGAGAAUUCCACUGCUUCCACGGUGCGGGCGCGGCCCUGGUCUCCACGCCGCCGUGGUGGGCCUUGCCGUCUGCGGAUGCCGCGGCCCUUGGCUCGUCGUUCUCCGCCUCCCGCCUGCCCGCGCCAUCCAAACCCGCGUCCGACGCCGAGCGCGGGGCGCCGUGGCCCGAGGGCAGCAGCCUGCAGCUGCAGCUGCGCUGGGGCCGCGUGGAGCGCGCGCAGGGGCCGCCCCUGCCCCUGCCCGACACGCUGCGCCGCCGCCUGCGACGCGCGUACGGCACCUACCCACGCACCGACGUGCGCGUCACCCUGCGCGGCGGCCAGUUGCUGCUGCAAGCCGCGCCGCGCGUGGGCGAGCCCGAGUACCAGGUGGCGCGGCGCGUGGUGCGCAGGCCGACCAGCGGCGACGGAGGGGACAGCGGGGACAGCCCGGCAGCUCGGGAGGCGGUGCAGCGUGGCCGCCCCAAGAAAAAGCAAGAACAACAUUCCUCUCCACAAAACCGAGACAGCCACAGCAGUCCCUGGCUUGGAAAGGGUAGUGAAUAAAUGAGUGAAAUCCAGUCUCCGCUGGAUUGGGAA